AGGCGCUGGUGCGGGACAGCUGGCGCCGGCAGCAACCCAGGGGCUGGAGGCGGUGGCCGCGGCGGCUCGGAGCAAGCUGCGCUGCAGGGAGCCGCAGCAGCCGCCGCCACCACCGCCACCAUCACCGCCACCACCACCACCGCACAGAGGGGAGCUUGGCUACCGAGGGACCCUUCUUCACCUUUGGAAAUGGCGGGUGAAAUCACCGAGACCGGAGAGCUCUAUUCUCCCUACGUUGGCCUGGUGUACAUGUUUAACCUCAUCGUGGGCACCGGCGCGCUCACCAUGCCCAAGGCCUUUGCCACCGCUGGGUGGCUCGUCAGCCUGGUCCUGCUGGUGUUCCUGGGCUUCAUGAGCUUUGUGACAACUACCUUUGUGGUGGAGGCCAUGGCGGCGGCCAACGCUCAGCUCCGCUGGAAGAGGAUGGAAAACCACCAGCAGGAGGAAGACGACGACUCCUCCUCCGCCUCCGACAGCGAUGUCCUUAUCCAGAACAACUACGAGCGGGCGGAGAAGCGGCCCAUCCUGUCUGUGCAAAGGCGCGGCUCUCCGAACCUCUUUGAGAUCACAGACCGGGUGGAGAUGGGACAGAUGGCUUCCAUGUUCUUCAAUAAAGUGGGGGUCAACCUGUUCUACUUCUGCAUCAUCAUCUACCUGUACGGGGACCUGGCCAUCUACGCCGCCGCCGUGCCCUUCUCCCUCAUGCAGGUGACCUGCAGCGCCCUGGGCAACGACUCCUGCGGCGUGGAGGCCGACGCCAAGUACAAUGACACAGACCUAUGCUGGGGGCCCCUGCGCCGCGUGGACGCCUACCGCAUCUACUUGGCUGUCUUCACUCUGCUCCUGGGACCCUUCACCUUCUUCGACGUCCAGAAGACCAAGUACCUGCAGAUCCUGACGUCGCUGAUGAGGUGGAUCGCCUUCGCCAUCAUGAUCGUGCUGGCCCUGGUCCGCAUCGGGCAGGGGCGCGGGGAGGGACACCCGCCGCUGGCCGACCUCUCCGGGGUCCGGAACCUGUUCGGGGUGUGCGUCUACUCCUUCAUGUGCCAGCACUCCCUGCCGUCCCUCGUCACCCCCGUGUCCUCCAAGCGCCACCUCACGCGCCUGGUCUUCCUGGACUACGUGCUGAUCCUGGCCUUCUACGGCCUCCUGUCCUUCACGGCCAUCUUCUGCUUCCGCGGCGACAGCCUCCUGGACAUGUACACCCUCAACUUCGCGCGCUGCGACGUCGUGGGCCUGGCGGCCGUGCGCUUCUUCCUGGGCCUCUUCCCCGUCUUCACCAUCAGCACCAACUUCCCCAUCAUCGCCGUGACGCUCCGCAACAACUGGAAGACGCUCUUCCACCGCGAGGGGGGCACGUACCCCUGGGUGGUGGACCGCGUGGUUUUCCCCACCAUCACCCUGCUGCCCCCCGUGCUGGUGGCCUUCUGCACCCACGACCUGGAGUCCCUGGUGGGCAUCACGGGGGCCUACGCGGGCACGGGCAUCCAGUACGUCAUCCCCGCCUUCCUGGUGUACCUCUGCCGCAAGGACACCCAGCUGGCCUUCGGCUACGGGAGCGUCAACAAGCACCGGUCCCCUUUCCGCCACACCUUCUGGGUGGGCUUCGUGCUGCUCUGGGCUUUCUCCUGUUUCUUCUUUGUCACCGCCAACAUUGUCCUCAGCGAGACCAAGCUCUGAUGGCAGGACAAGUCUGGUGACGAGACUUGUCACCAGACCCCACCCUGCCCUCCCCGUGGGCACAGCCAAGAACUAGUGGCCUCCCAGGCAUCCACGGGACACCCAAGGCCCAGGCUCUUGGAGGGGCCCCUCCAGGCCUCCAGCUGGGGAGCUGCCCCCCACCCAGGAUUCCCACAGUCUGCACGACAUCUUGCUCAAGCGGGGUCACCCUCCUCCAGGUCCCCCUGCCUGGGGCUGCCCUCAGCUGGCCAGCCGAGUCCCACCACCACCGGGCACGGAGCUGCUCCCAGCUUCCAGGACUGGUUAUUGGAAUCCAGCCCUCUGCCUUCCCGCGCCCCACCACCCCCAGCACCCAGGGCGGUGGAGACGCAGUGCUGGCACUGCCACUAUUUAUACCAAACACCUGUCCUCCGCAUCCCACCCCCGUCCUGCUCUCCCAGUUCCUCCCACAUCCAGGUCUGGGAAAUUGGCUCCACUGGGGCAACCCCAGACCCUACCUCUCCUCCCCACUGGGCCUGCAGGUGACGACAGGGCUCCUGUCCCUCCAGCCCUGGAGGCGCCAAGUGCCUCUCCCAGGGGAGUGCCUGGCCAGCUGAUGACCAGGACAGGAGGUGCUAAUUGGCACCAGGGUCCUCAGACCAGAGCUUUGAGGUCCCUGCUGUGGGCGCCAGCUCCUGUCUUGGGCCCCUGAUGACUCCAGAGCAGUGGGCGGGCAGGAACAGCCCAUGCACGGGCUUUAAAGCCCAGAGUCUGCCACCCCUGAAAGUGGUCCUUUGCCCUCCCGACUGCCCCACUGGGAUCCUGGGGUCUCCUGCAGCGCAGGGGGACAGCGGAAAAGGGCCACUAGAAGGGAGCCGCCGCCCGGGGCUUAGAAGUGCCCUGGGCAGGUAGCUCAUGAUGUGCCCCCCUCUGAGGGGUCAGGCCCGCCCUGUCCCUGCCCCAACACUAAAGGUGGCGGCUCCCUCUCUAGCUGGGCUCUGGGUGCUCAGCACUCACACUCUCCGUGUCCCGUGGGUGCUGCUGGGUGACGUGGGGCCCCGGCCACCCUUCCCAGUGGAAGGAGGGCCAGGAUCCCUCCUCUGUGGCCCCUCCCCCUCACAACCAUGCACGCACCUGCUGGGCCCGCUGUCCUUGGAAACAGGUGACUAAUGACCUCUCAAUGUGCCUUCUCCUGCGGCAGGACCUGGGGGCGCCUCCUGACCCUCCCCGGUGUGCCGGUGACCCUGGGCCUGAUCCUACCUGUCCUGGAGCCCAGAGCCCCUGGGCCAGGAGCUGCGUCCCUGGUGGGGUCUCCGGCCCUCCCCCUCACUCUAGAUUUCAGUGCCUUGCUCAGCGCUCCGGGGAACCUCUGUCCCGGUCCCCCUGCAUCUCACCCUCUUAGAACUCUGAACAAAGGAGGACGCCAGGUCUCCUGGGGCCCACGGUGGUCUCCAGGGAGGGUGGCGCGGGGGGCAUGCAUGGGAUUUGCAAGAGCUCCAGGAGUCCGGGGGCGGUGGCAGCCCCAGUCUGUGAGAGUCGCGCGUCGUAAUUGGCUGCCAUCUGCUUCCUCACUGUUGCCGCACACCCUCAGUGCUCAGCGCUUGUCCCCGCGCACUGUUCCCGUCCAUCCUCGUGAAAGAACGACGCCUCUUCCCCCCUCCGCCGUCUUCUUCCCAGGAGGUCCUGCCCGGGGUGGGCGGCGCCGGGAAACCUCCCCGGCGGCCCCGCCCCCUGUGGUUCGGACCCUCCCUGGAGCUGCCGGAAUGUUCGCUGAAAACUCAAUUAAAACAUCUGUACUCGCCCUUCUCCAA